AUGCUCGACUUGCUCACCACCAACUGGCCCCGCCUGGUGGCCUUUACUGUCUCGGCCUCAGUCAUUGGCAUGAUACUAUCUUACUUCUCCAGCUUCACCAGCUUCUUCACAACAACAAAAGCAUCCAAGAAUGCCCCCAAGGAUGCAGUCAGAGCCCUGCCGGGCAGCUGGUACAUCUCUGAAGAAAUGUACCAGCUAGAGCGGCGCGCCAUCUUUUCGAAACGGUGGCUACUCACCACACACAAGGCGCGCCUCGCAAAGAAUGGCGACUGGCUGCGAUACGAGGUUGCUGGAUACUCCUUUGUCAUUGCCAAGGACCGGACUGGCGCCAUCAACGCUUUCCACAACAUCUGCCGACACCGUGCAUACCCUGUCGUGACUGCGGACCAGGGCAACAACUCGAUCUUGGCUUGCAAAUACCACAACUGGUCGUACACUCUGAGCGGCAAGCUGACCAAGGCGCCCGAGUACCAAGAGCUCGAGGGUUUCGACAAGUCCAAGAACGGUCUCUUCCCGAUCCACGUGCACAUCGACCGCAAUGGCUUUGUCUGGGUCAACCUCGAGGCAAAGGAGAAGCCCACCAUUGCGUGGAACGACGACUACGAGCGCAUCGACGAGCAGGAGCGCUUCAAGGCCUACAACUUUGAGGACUAUGUCUUUGACCAUACCUGGGAGAUGGCUGGCGACUACAACUGGAAGAUUCUGGCUGAUAACUACAACGAGUGCUACCACUGCCCGACCACCCACCCGGACAUUGUCAACGUGGCCGAUCUCGACGCCUAUGCUGUGAACACGGACAAGGCCUUCAUCCAGCAUCUCGGCAACCCGACUCCGGAGCAGAUUGCCGACGGAUUCAACGUCGCUGCCACUUACUACUUCCCGAACGCUUCCAUGAACGUCUCACCCCACUUCUUCUUCAUGCAGCGAUUCGUCCCCAAGGGUCCCAACAAGUCGGUCAUGGCCUACGAGGUGUACCGCAACAAGAACUCGAGCGACGAGGACUUUGACAAGAUCAACCAGAUCUACAAGCGCAUCAUGUCGGAGGACAAGCACCUCUGCGCGGCCGCGCAGGCCAACAUCAACGCCGGCAUCUUUGUCAACGGGGAGCUGCACCCGCGCCUCGAGCAGGGCCCGCUCUUCUUCCAGAACGUGGUCAGGCAGAGCGUCGUUGCGCACCACAAGUCUGAGCAGAAGGCCGGCAAGGAGAUCUGGCCGGCACGCCAGGUCAUGCCGGGCAACAAAGGUGGCCAGGUCAGUGAGAAGGACAUGGAUGUGUGCUCGUCUAUUGGGGCUAGUUGUGCAGCUGGCCGGAAAGACUUGGAAUGUUUAGCCUCUGUGCCCGGUUCCGUGGGUUUUGAUGACGACUGUGUCGAUAGGCGGCGGGAUGAGAGGCUGGCCAAACUGGAGGAGAAGCUUGACCGCAUCCUCAACAGAGAAGUUGGUAAUGAUAAUACACCUCGGCCGAGGCCAGGGAAAGAGGUUGCUGCUGGCGGUGACUCGGACCGGUCUUUCUCAAUGUCUCCCCAGCGCGAACGCAGCAGCUCCAUCAGCCAUACGUCGCCAGUGGUCAGCGAAGGAACGGCGUCUUACGGCCGGCCUGCUAACCCAGACAUCACUCGAGCGAUCCAGAUUUACUUUCAGCGCUGUCAUCGACAGCCAAUCUGGUGCUUCGAGCGUGAAGACGUGCGCGACCAAGCAUCCUUGCCCGACGAGCUCAUCUACAGCAUUCUCGCUUUAACAUCACGCUUCUUCUCCCUCAGGCGUACUCAAUUUCAGCGUUAUGGCAAUGAUGCCAGGAGGCUCAUCAUGCUUCGGCUCGCAAACGGAUCCGUUGCCCUUCCCACGAUAGAAAGCCUUUGCUUGUUGGCCUAUUCGUCGUUCACGGAUGCCAAUAUUUCUCUGGGCCAGUUCUACCUUGGUCUCGCCGGGCAACUCUGCCAGUCUGCCAUGCUGGACAAUGUAUCAUUGUAUACGGCACGCGAUCCUCAGAAUGAGCGCAAGAAGAGGCUCUUCUGGAGCCUGCAGCUUCUGGAGCACUUUUACGGAAAGGAGACAGGCCGACUAUGCAACAUGCGAGAGAUCGGUCGACCAACGGACCCGUCGUCAAGCGAAACUCCCGGAGCGGACGGACCACAGAGUCCCAGGCCCCCUUCAUUACCCAAAGACGACUUGGGCUUCGGGAUGGGACCGGACGAGCCCGGAAUCUGGAACACGGGGGCCUACCUUGGAUGGAUCUGGAGUCGCGUACGAAAGUAUGUAGCCGACUGUACUCAAAACAUACUCAAAGAACCCUGGAGACACGACUCCAUGUACGCAAGGGUGUCGUCCGAUUUCAUGGAGACGGAAAACAGGAUCCCGAUGUGCCACCGAUACGACUCGAUCAAGUUCUACGAAAGAGACGUGGGCGAGGUGAAGCGGAACCACGACUACUGGGCGCCGUGGCUCAAGGAGCAGAUGACAUACCACAUAGUGCCGACUGUGCUCAACCACCCUUUUCUGUACAUCGUGGCCGCUCAGCACAAUCCCAAUCUGGCGAUUCCCAACACGUUUUGGAAGAGAUCCUCGGAGCUGGCGCUGAUCCACGCUACCUGGAUCGUCCGCAUCAUCGACAUGAUUGUGGAAAAGCAGGUGCCCCUCACAGACCCGUUCUUUGGGCACGUGGCGGCCAUUGCGGCCACGGUCCAUUUAUACUACUGCUGUGCGGCUGCAGCAAGACUGAAGGAGAAAUCGCAUACGGACUUUGCGAAAUGUAGAAAGUUUCUGCAGGGCUUUCUUCCUUUCUCCCCAGCCUGUGUCGCUUUGGAUCGCAAUCUGGACAGGAUGACGCGAAUAGCAGCUUCGGGAUCAGAGGAAAUGGAUGUCCACGAAUGGGUACCGUCCAGGAUCUACCUCAGCAUCCCACUAAUGUGGGACGUCUUGCAAUUCAACUGCUCUUCCGAGUCGCAAGAUCCGUCAAUGGGUGCCAUGGGUGAUCUACUAGACCCAUCGCUCGCGCCACCACCGCACAAGUUAUCCGGCCGCCCAGAGCUCAGCGAGGAAGAUUCCAUAUUGGAGAUCCUGGUCGCCUCAUCACCAGAGAUCACGGUCGACACUCGGGACGGAGGGCAAGAUGCGCCUUCAUUUUCAUGGAAAGCCCCACCUCGGAUAUCGCCAAUGGCUACGCCCAGGACAGCAUCACGCAACAACACGAGUGGCAGUACUAGUAGCAUGAUGAUGGGCGUCACUAACACAACGACAACAUUCGUGCCGCCACAUACACAACCACAGCAGCAACAGCAGCAGCAGCCGACUGACAACCUGACAUUCAACACUACCCCGUGGCUCUAUGCAGACCCAUCGCAGGUGCUCAGUCUAGGGGACAUGGCGCAAUGGAAUGACCCUUCUUCGUCGCAGAACAAUGUCGGACAAAGCAGGGGCGGCGCUGCGCCUUGGUGGGAGGAGGGGACGUUCAACAACGCCAUGUUCCGGUAG